AUGAAGUCACAUAAUCCACGUCGUUUCUACUUAAUCACCUACCCACGUACCGGGUCCAACCUCCUGGUUCGAAUGCUAGGGCUGGAAAAUCAGCCUGAUUUUGUCUCUGGAGAUGAUCGCGGCGGCUACAUUUUCCUACCGACAAUAAAGUUGAUGACAGACCUGGGCCUUCGUUCAAAGGGUAUAGCAGACUGGACACAAGAUGAGAUCCAGCAGGUGCAGCAGAGCUACCAGGACUGCUUUGACGAAUUUCAAGAAUACCUGGAGGUAGCAUCAUCAGAACGCCGUUCAGUUGUCAUAAAGGAGCACGUUCAUUUCCUGGUCGAACCAACAGCACUUAGCGAGCUGGUCUUCGGCACCAACAACACACCACAAGACAUCCCCUGGACAAUGCAAAUCCCCGAGUCAUACGGUCUGGAACCGAAAAGAUCACUUCUUAACCAGACGGUGAUGCCAGACGAGUUUCUCAAAACGUGGUCACCAGCAUUCCUCAUCAGGCACCCUGCUCUUGCUUUCCCUUCACUAUACCGUGCCCUGUGUGAGCUAGAGACACCGGCCAAUGACGAAGAGGCAGAUUCCCUAGGAGAACAUUGCAUGACACUGCGCUGGACUCGGGCACUGUAUGACUGGUAUUCACGGAACUUGACGGCAACCGAAUCUUACAUAGAUGGGCGCACUACAUGGCCCAUCGUUCUUGAUGCAGACGACAUAAUGACUGAUCCUGACGUGGUUGUCAGAUUCGCUGAGAUCAUGGGUAUGGACGUCUCGCAGCUUAGCUUCUCCUGGACACCAGCUAGCAUGAAGCAGAAAAAGCAGAUGGACCCGUUCACAAAAAGAUAUCUGUCGACUCUUCUUUCUUCUGGGGGUAUAGUUCAAGGCAAAAUUGCGGGGUCUAUUGAUAUUGAGUCGGAGGCGAAGAAAUGGUGCCUAGAGUUUGGAUACCGCGCAGGCAAGAGAAUUGAGCGGUUGGUUAGGGAAGCUAUGCCAGACUAUAAGUUCCUGAAGAGCAGGAGACUCACCCCGAGGCCAGCUGCCCAAGAGCCUCUACAAGUCGUGGAACUGUUCUAG